CGUACCAAACCAAUUCCAGUGUGGUAGACGUUAAAGUCAUGUGCAUGGAAAGGGAGAAACAAGCACUUCUUAAGUUGAAAGAUGACCUCGUGGAUGAGAACGAUCAGCUUUCUUCAUGGGGGACUAGUGAUGAUUGCUGCAAUUGGACAGGAGUUCGGUGCAACAACAGAACCGGUCAUGUUUAUUCACUUCAGCUUAAUCAGCAGUUAGACGAUUCCAUGCAAUUCAAAGGCGAUAUAAGCUCUCCCUUGCUUGAGCUGAAACACUUGGCAUACUUGGAUAUGAGUGAGGUUAGAGCAACCUCCAUCCCCCAAUUCAUUGGUUCAUUAAAACACUUGAUGCAUCUCAAUAUGUCCUUUUGUGAUCUUACCGGAACUAUUCCUCAUCAGCUAGGGAAUCUUACCAGGUUGGUUUUUCUUGAUCUCAGCUACAAUAAUUUUAACAAAGUUGAAAGUCUUAGCUGGCUUUCUCGUCUUCCUGCUUUGAAACAUCUUGAUUUGAGCACCGCAGACCUGAGUGGAACUACAGAUUGGUUUCAAGCAAUCAAUAGCCUCCCUUCUUUGCACAACUUGUAUUUGAGUGGUUGUGGGCUCUCUUCGGUGAUUUCUCCACCAUUAUUUCGUUCCAAUUAUUCCCCUGCAUCACUUGCAGACAUUGAUCUUUCUCAAAACACCCUUAAAUCUUCAAUCUUCCCCUGGUUGCUUAACUUCAACAAUAGCCUUGUUCAUCUCAAACUUUAUGAUAAUGAAUUUCAAGGAAAAAUCCCAAAAGCUUUGGGGGCCAUGAUUAAUCUUGAAAGUCUUCUUCUUUCUGGGAAUCAUUUUGAAGGUGAAAUACCAAGAGCCUUGGCGAAUCUUGGUAGAUUGGAAUCAUUGGAUUUGUCUUGGAAUAGUUUGGUAGGAGAGGUGCCUGAUAUGAAGAAUCUUUCUUUCAUAACUAGAUUAUUUCUUUCUGAUAAUAAAUUAAAUGGGAGUUGGAUCGAAAAUAUCCGGCUACUUUCUGAUCUUGCUUACUUGGACAUCUCCUAUAAUUUCAUGAAUGGAACAAUCUCAGAGAUUAACUUUUUGAACCUGACCGAAUUAACUCACUUGGAUAUUUCUUCAAAUGCAUUUGUUUUUAACUUGAGCUUAAACUGGACUCCUCCUUUCCAACUUGAUACCUUAAUUAUGAGCUCUUGCAAGCUGGGGCCUAGUUUUCCUCAAUGGCUACGAACGCAGAGAAGAAUUUCCGAGCUGGACAUCUCCAACGCUGGAAUUGAAGAUGACAUUAGCAGUCGGUUUGGGAAACUUCCUUUCAAAUUGAAUUAUUUGAACAUCUCUCACAAUCAAAUCACUGGUGAAGCGCAUAAAUUACCAUCAGUCGUAGGAGAUUCUGCUACGGUCGAUAUGAGUUCCAACUUCUUGCACGGUUCCUUACCACUUCCACUUAAUGCAACAAUAUUGAACCUUUCCAAAAACUUGUUUUCAGGAACUAUAUCCAACCUUUGUUCAAUUGCUUGUGAGAGAUUAUUUUAUCUUGACCUUUCUGACAAUUGUCUCUCAGGAGAAAUACCUGACUGUUGGAUGACGUGUAAAGAACUGAACAUCCUUAAUUUGGCUGGCAAUAAUUUUUCAGGGAGGAUACCUGCCUCUCUUGGCUCUCUAGUUUUUAUCCAGACAUUAAAUUUGAAAAAUAACAGUUUUUCUGGAGAGUUGCCUCCGUCACUAGCCAAUUGUACGCAAUUGGAAAUUCUUGACCUCGGGGAGAACAGAUUAUCUGGCAAAAUUCCAUCUUGGAUUGGAGAAAAUCUUUCGAGUUUGGUUGUUCUUCGCCUAAGAUCAAAUUACCUUGAUGGAACCUUACCCUUGGUCCUUUGCCAUCUAGCUCAUCUUCAAAUAUUGGAUCUCUCCCACAAUAAUAUAUCUGAUGAUAUACCGCAUUGCUUCAGCAAUUUCUCUGCCAUGUCAAAGAAUGGGAGCACUUACGAAUUCAUUGGUCAUUCCAACAACCAUACUUUACCUUUUUUUAUUAUUUUAUAUCAUGAUAGUGUUAGAGUUGUAUUGAAAGGAAUGGAGCUUGAAUAUGGAAAAACUCUCGAACAAGUGAAGAUCAUGGAUCUUUCCAGCAAUAACUUAAGUGGAGAAAUUCCUGAUGGGAUAGCGAAACUUGAGGGCUUGGUUUCGCUACAUUUAUCAAAUAAUCGAUUGACCGGGAUCAUUCCUCCCAGGAUAGGCCUCAUGAGAUCAUUAGAAUCUCUUGAUUUGUCUACAAAUCAACUUUCUGGUGGACUUCCUAACGGCCUUCGCGAUUUGAAUUUUCUCAGUAGCCUGAAUGUCUCGUAUAACAACUUGUCAGGAAAAAUUCCAUUAAGCACUCAACUCCAGACCUUUGACAAUAAUUCAUUCGUGGCAAAUGCAGAACUUUGUGGGAAACCUCUUUCAAACGAGUGUGCAGCAGAACAAGCUCAUGAUCCAUCAAUCAGUCAAGGCAGCAAAAAUGUUGAUAUCCAAGAUGAGGAUGGAUUUAUAAGCAGAAGAUUCUAUCUGAGCAUGGGGAUUGGAUUUGCCACUGGAUUUUGGGCAGUUUGUGGCACUUUAUUGCUCUACAGGCCAUGGAGGCAUGCCUUCUUCCGUCUCAUGAACCAUAUUGAAGAUUGGCUGCACGUGACGACAGUGCUAAUCAUGGCUAGAUUGCAAAGGAGGCUUCGUAACUAGCAAGUGUGCGCCGCAGCACCUCGCAUGGCGUGUUGUUCUUCAAGGGAUCCAUCUGGUGAAUUAUAUAUGCAUGGCACGUUGUGAAGAAGAUAUGAACUGAGCUUGAUGUCUUAUACUAGCUACCAGAUGGGGUCGAUAAUCUCCAUUUGUCUGUGUUCUACAUCCUUAAUUAUGAACCAUAAUUCCUGUGUGUCUUUCAGUUAUAAGCAAUGAUUUUGGUCCUAAAGCAUGUAUAAAGGCGCUGAUACCAUUGUAAUAAAAAUUAUCCCAAGAUCCAUGUAUGAUAUUUAGAACACACAUAGUUAAAUAAUUGGCUAGUUUGUUUGUUUAACAUUCAAUAAUUUCUAUUUUUUUUUUAUUGAAAAUGCAUUUCAUUAAAAAGUUACGCUUUAUUUAUGAUGUUUAACAAAAAAUCAAUAACAUUUAUUAAGAACAGUAAUCUUAUAUGGUAAUAUGUUUAAGUAUUUACAAUAAAUUUAAAAUAAAAUACUAUUAUGAUUGAUUAAAAACAUUAAAUAAUCCAACAAGUAAUGUUUUUGGCCUUUUCUUUUGAGAUUGAAAUGAUGUGUACCAUGGAGAUAUAUUAGAUAUACGCACAUGCAAAGCAGGACAUGUAUGAAGCCAUCAGAACUAAGAACAGAGAAAAAUACAGAGACAGCAAUGGAUUUAAGGAAAGAAAAGAGUAUCCAAUGUCUUCAAUC